AUGACGUCACUGGGCUUUGACAAGCUGGUGGUGCCGGAAGAAAAGAUGGCGGAUCAUGAGGAGCAGCUAUCCGACGAGGAAAAGGUACGCAUAGCGGCUAACUUUGUCAUCCAUGCCCCACCAGGAGAAUUUAACGAAGUGUUCAAUGAUGUGCGAUUGCUGCUCAACAAUGACAAUCUUCUCAGGGAAGGUGCAGCACAUGCAUUUGCACAGUACAACUUGGACCAGUUUACCCCCGUGAAAAUCGAGGGCUACGAAGAACAGGUCCUAAUCACAGAGCAUGGUGACCUUGGGAAUGGCCGAGUCUUGGACCCCAAGAAUAAGAUCUCCUUCAAGUUUGACCACCUGAGGAAGGAGGCCAGCGACCCACGGCCCCAUGAUGUUGACAGCUCCCUGGAAGGCUGGAGGAGUGCUGUGGACUCGGCUGUCAGGGCCUACGUCAAGGAGCACUAUCCGAGUGGCGUCUGCACCAUUUAUGCGAAAACCAUCGAUGGACAUCAAACCAUCAUCGUGUGCAUUGAGUGCCAUCAGUUUCAACCCAAAAAUUUCUGGAACGGACGCUGGAGGUCAGAAUGGAAAUUCACCAUCUCUCCCUCCACCACCCAAGUGGCAGGAAUCAUGAAAAUCCAGGUUCAUUACUAUGAGGAUGGAAAUGUCCAGCUGGUGAGCCACAAAGAGGUUCAAGAGUCCAUGUCAGUCUCUAAUGAGACUGCAACUGCAAAGGAGUUUGUUAAGAUCAUGGAGGCUGCAGAGAAUGACUAUCAGACGGCCAUCAAUGAGAAUUACCAGACCAUGUCGGACACUACCUUCAAAGCCUUACGCCGCCAGCUUCCUGUGACACGCACCAAGAUCGAUUGGAACAAGAUCCUGAGCUACAAGAUUGGCAAGGAAAUGCAGAAUGCUUAAAAACAGCGAAGAUAACAGUCAGCUCCCCCCCCCCCCCAAACUCCAAGCCCCUCCAUCCCCGGCCCUCCAUCCCCACCAAAAAAACGUUGCAUGACUGGAUAGUUGUAUUGUCUUUGUACAAAAAAAUUAGAGAAAACGGGGGCAAAGAAAUGUUUGGUCUCACAGCUACACAUCAUGACACAUUGGAUGACUGCUUUGCUUGUAUACAGACACUGUUAACUCCUCUGUAUACUGAAUUCAUGGUCGUAUUUUGGAAAAUCUCUCGAGGAAACAUUGCGAGACAUAGGACAGGGGGCAGAUACUCGGAUGUAAAAACACCCAUAUAAAAUACAGUUUCACGUUAAUAUGUCUUGUGUCAGUGAGACUAUGCAUUUGGUUUGACCUGAUGGAAAAAUGGUUUGAAUUUGCAAUAAUGGUGAAAACAAAUUCAUUUUUGGGAGAAUUUUGUCUGCAUUUACAGAAGUGCUCAGUUACUACAGCUGAAACAAACAACUCACAUCAUGGUUAAUGCCCCCCCCCUCACACACACACCAAAAAAUUAAAAUAAAUAGGAAAAGUUUUGUGUUCAUUGACUGGAAUCCUGGCACAAGCAGCCACCACUGUCAGUCACUCAAUGUUCUUAUUCUCUCAUUUUGGUACUUCCCCCUCACCCUUUGUCCUAUGUGUGCGCUCUCCAGCUUUGCAGCACUCCUGGCUACCUUUUGACUUGAUAUCGUCUGAACUCUCACUCAGCGCAGGGAGUUCUGCGACCACUUAACAAGCUUAAUUAACAAGUCAUCAGUCACUAAAGUAAUGUGCAUAAUGUCCAAUUUACAAUAAAAAUUUAAAAAGUAUCCCUUUCUCCUCCAGUGCUUAUUUUUAUUAAAAAUAGAACCUGACUGUAUUAUAUAACAAGGCACAUUGUAAUAUAUACCUGUAUGAAACAUCCUGUCUGUCAGUUUGGUGAUUUGUUUCCAUGAGAUUAAUUGUAAUUCAGUCACAAUUAUGUUGCAUUAAAUGACAAAUUUUCUAUUUACCGA